UUCUGUGCUCGUUCAUUAACAUGUAAAACCCAUUCAAUGGGUGCCAAGCGUGCAGUUCCUGGUAGAAGUGCACCUUACGAUGUAUUAUUACAACAAUAUCAAAAAAGAAAUCAAGCCAAGAUUGCCCAAUCACACGCCCUUGCUGCUCAAAAGAGAGAAAAUGCCGCAUUCCAUGGUGGGGAACAUGAUGAAAAUCUGGCCAACUAUAACAAGAUCUUGGAUCCAGAUGAAGAAACUCAUUUGGUAUUGGAAGGUCUUUCCAAGAAUAACCCUAUACCUUUGGAAAGAAAGAUUAUCAUGCCGGUCAGGUAUCGUCAUCGCUUCCUUCAAGCUCGUGAAUUCUAUGCUAAUGCAUUGAUUAUUUCUCCACACCACCACCAUAAUCAACAACAACAACAGCAACAACAAGCAGGCGGAGAGCAAACCUUGGCCAACCAAGCCAUAUCAGGUUCUAUUGGUGGGUUGCAAGGAAGAUGUGCUCUUAUCAAUGUUGACGCUGCGCCUCCUGCCAAUACUGACUCACCAACUCAAACCUUUAGUGCUAUUUCGGGUGAGAUGUAUCAAGUUAGAGCUCCAUCAAAGGCUAUAUUGAUGACAUCUCAACAUAAUAACAUGCAACAACAAGCAUUCCAACAACAAUUGUUGAAGUAUCAGCAACAACAACAGCAACAACAGCAACAGCUUUUGUUGAUGAAGCAAAGGCAGUUGCAACAACAGCAACAACAACAGCAGCAGCAGCAACAACAACAACAGCAACAGCAGCAAAUUCAAAGUUCUUCCCAGGGUUCAUCAGUUCAACUGUAAUUUUAUAUUUGGCUUUUUACUUUCUUCAUUUAUUUUGUAUUUUUUCUCCAUGAAUUCUAUUUAUAUAUCUAUAAACCCGAAUAUUAUUCUAUAGUAGUAACUAUUACUUUUUCGUAGGCCAGUUUGGCUUGUGUUUCAUGAUCCAGCGGUGGUUCAAAACCAGUUUUAAACUCAACCUCUUUUCUGGAACCUUAUGCAAUAGCUUUCUGAUCAAAUCCACCGCAUCAUGAUCAACAUAGUUUGGGAAACGAAUAUCACCCUUGGAUAUUCUUUGAUGAGUUGCAUCCUUUGAUGCUUCUUCAAAUGGUGGUUUACCUACGAGAAACUCAUAAGUCAAUAUCCCCAACGCCCAAAUAUCGACACUUUUGUCAUGAGGUUUACUUUCAACCAUUUCCGGGGGUAAAUAAUCCAAUGUCCCACACAAGGUUAUUCUUCUAGUAGGGUUAGACUGAUAAUGGGGUUUAUCCUGGUGCUGUUGCACCGACCAACCAAAAUCACUCAAUUUGAUAACAUUAUCAAGACUUAACAUGAUAUUUUCUGGUUUUAAAUCUCGAUGAAUUAUGUUCUUUCUAUGGAGGUAAAUCAAUGCCUGCGUGACUUGAUAAAUGUAAUAACUAGCAAGUGCAUUAUCAAAGCGUUUGGCUUGCUUUAAGUGAUGAUAUAAUUCACCAUAUAGACUAAAUUCAAGCACAAGAUAGACAUUGACAUGAUCAUGAAACCAAGUAUAUAAACGUGUUAUAUUGGGAUGGUGUAAUUUAGAUUGAAUUUCAAUUUCUCGUCUGAAAUUCUUCUCUAGUCUUAAAUCUAUCAACUCUUGUUUAUUCAUGGCUUUUAAUGCUACAACUAACCCCAGUUCUUUAUGUUUGACACAAUAAACGCGCCCUAGUUUCCCUUUGCCCAAGAUUUUCCCAAACUCAAAGUCAUCCAACGUAAAUCUUUUCUCAGAACCAGGGGAUUCGACAAAUGGUGAUGAUAGAGGAGUGGAAGAUGUAGUUGAAUUGGACAUGCUGUAUCGGCUUGGUGUUUUGAAUUCUAAACUGGUAUACCUACUUGCUGUUGUUAAUCUUGUGCUUUCCGGUUGGACAACUUGAUGACGCAAUGGAUUGGGCGUGGGUGAUGCAUUAGUGGCUAUAGAUGUGGUAGUAGUUCUACUCUUUGUUGUUUUGGGUUUUAGAAUCUUGAACUCAUGAUGCACAUUUGUAUUACUAGGUAUUUUAUGUAGCGGAUUCCUGGUUAGAUUUAUCCCUGAUUUCCGUAAAUUGUCAUUUAUGGAGUUGUGUUGAUUUAUCAGUGAGGUUGGUAUUGAUGAUGGAUACGCCAUGAUGAAUUUAGACUGGACCUAGUCUAUACGGUUGCACACGUCUCUUGAUGUGAGUUUGGUUGCGUUAUUGUUAUACAAAAGAUGGAUUUUGUAAACAAAGGUCGUGUGCACAUACCAAAACGCGUUCAAAGAAAAAAAGGUGUUUCAAAAUGGGCCUACACUACUUGAUUACCGAAAGUACGUGUAAAUACAGUUGGAUCUACUUUGUGCAGACAACGUAUCUGGAACAAUGGGGAGAAUACGAGUUGGAUACAUGUUCGGGAUUAUCGAAAUACCUUUCUGAAAUUGUAAUUCACGCCAUUUGAGAUAAAUAACCUGAUCAAAACCAAGCCAGUAAUGAAACCAUCAUUUUCUCAGAAAAUGGCCAGAUUCUUACUAGUGGAGAGAUUCUUAGUUAGGCAUGUGCAUGUAGAUACGGUCUUACAUACUCCAUGAUAUUCGAUGUCUCCAAGUAGAUAUCGGUAGCUCCGGGACGGCUUUUAAAAAUAGAUUUAAAAUUUCUUUUGGUAGUAGGGUAAACUAUAACAGGGCUAGCUUUUGUCGUCAAUUUAUAUGCCACGGGAUAGUUUUCUUUGUCUUUUCUGACAAUAAGGUGCAGACGAGACUUGCUAUAUAUUUGCACGAUGAGAUAAAUAAACAGCAAGUGGCCCGGACAAUACCCAAGGAUAAGGUUCGGGAUUGACCUGUAAGUCAGGUUAUCUCGUCAAAAUUUAAUUUUGAUUGUUUCUCUUUAGUAACAAACGGAAAUUAGCCGGAUGAGCAAAGAGGUGGUAUGCAAACAAGUCAUCAGAGAC